UUUAAGAAGAGCACUGUGCAUUGUUCAGAUUCAGUCUGGGCCUUGGGAGAAGCAGCAACAGCAACAUGAGGAGAUACAUUGUCAGCCUGGCGAUCUGGUCAGCCUGGCUCCUGAUGGCAAUAAAGAUGGAAGAACUGAAAGUGACUCAGCCAAAGUUUUUAAUGGCAAAUAGCUCGGACAGUACCGGGACAAUCACUAUGGUGUGCGGCUACAUCUUCACAGGGACCUUGAGCGAGGAGUUCAGGAUAACCAUUUAUAAAGGAAGAAUCGUAAAGGAGGCAGAGGUCUGUGUUGCAUCCUUCAACUCCAGCAUGUUGCCCUUUGAGAAGAAUCAGACCUUUCAUUGCCUGGGCAAGCCCAGUGCGGACAAAGUCUCAAUAACCCUGAGUGGCCUGAACAUGUUGGACACGAACAUGUAUUACUGCAAAGUGACGAAGAUGCACCCACCGCCCAUCAUCAACAGCAUCGGCAAUGGCACGGUCUUCUAUAUCCAAGCUAAAGAGGAUUAUUGCAAGGAAAACUGUACUUCAGGUGAAACGGUAAAACAAGAGCCCGGGAACUGCAAUGAGUUCACUCAGGCUACUGUCAUUGUACUGGUGCUACUGCUCGUCUUCCUGUUGUACAGCAUCGUCAUCACCUGUGCUCACUGUAUGAUGAAGGCCUCAGAGGAGCAGAGCAGCGAGUACGUGAACAUGGAUCCUGCCAUACAGAACUCACGACGACAGUGGAUGAACUCCGCGUACCGGACCUAGCUCAGAGCAGCCGCUCAGUGCUUGAGGGUCACCCACUGUCUUGUUUUUAAUACCGCAUGUAAAUGCAAACAGGAGCUCGCUUUCCUUGCCAGGACACAAGCUCAAAGACUAUGAUCUGAUGUCUCCUGAUCCCUCCUUCUCACCAGCAUCAAUGUGUUUGACUGACACACACACAGGGCUUUGUUUCUGAUCACUGACAUACUUUUUGGGGUUCACAUAAGAUUUUGUUUGUUCUGUGGUAGGAUUUAUUUCCAGCUUAAGUUUGUAGCAGUGCUGAAACACACAUGUAAAGAAUGUAAUGUGCAUCCUCCCCCAUGAGGGUAUGUCAAAUUAAAGUGUGUGCAGAUUUAUAUUAAUAACAUAAUAAAUGAUGAACA